AUUAUUAUUAUUAUUAUUAUUAUUUCAGAUAAUAAACUUCUUUUAUGUAGGUUUAUUCAAAGGGUAUGCAUAAUAAAAGUAUAUUAUAACUAUUGUAGUGUAAACAGUUCAGCAUUCCAGUUCGAAAGAUCAGCAGUCUGACUAAAGGUUUAAAUAGUACUAUUGGUGUCCAUUUAAGUAAGGAUCAGCGUACAAACAAAGGUUUCAUGUACAAACAGGAUUUAUUGUACUUAUAUGGAACUGGUACAAGGGUAUGAGUACUGGUACUUUAUUAAAAAUCCUUCUCUUGUAGCUCCACCCUGCUGAUGUACAGAUAGAGACCGUAGUCUAUCUGUUGAUGCAUCAGUGAUCAGUUUCUAUGCACUUCAUAGAUGUUCAGUUUCUUACCACAGAGCCACUCUUGACUGGAUAUUUUUGGGUGGACUAUUCUCAACCUAGCUUUGACCUGUGCCUGAUGCACUCGUAUCAGCACCAUACCCACUACCAUGUCAGCAUUUACAGCUGUGCUGCGAAGUAUCCACUACCUGGUAAUAUCUGGUCAGUGGUUGUCCUGUGGUGAUUCAUUGAUGUACAGUGUUGCAUAGCAACAGAUGUGCCACGGUCUGUAAUUGUACAGCUGUGCACCUAUAUGGUAGGUGUUCCUGAUAAAAUGGUCACACAGUAGAUGUUCCUAAUAAACUGGAAAAUCAGUGUAUGUUCUUGUCACUGUUAGAGAUUUUUAAUAGUUUAAAUGAAUUCUCUUUCAGAUCUGCCAUAGUUAGUGCUUCCCUCUGCUGGUUAGUAAAGAAACUGGCACUUUGUUGUGGAGGUCAUCUUGGCUCAGGUCAUCUAGCGACACAGACAAAAAAGUGCUGUGUUUUUAAACACUAUCAUCUCUAAACACCAUCAUUCUUAGAUAGAUCAGAAUGGGUUCCCUUGUCUUUAGUAUCUACUGUAUCAACAUGAGACUGUGCACACUGGUUUUAUUUUGAUGUGACUUUAUUUUGAUGAUGUGCAGAAGAUGUGGAGGAGAGCAGAAGUUAGGAGUUUUUACCUGUUCAUGCACCACUUGUCAGCCUGGUGGCUUUGUUUCCAAAUGGCGUGUUUGUUUAAAACAUAGGGGGGCUUUACUAAUGUAUUAUUAGUGUGUAAGUUCUGGAUUUGCAGGGAAAUAAGUUGUAUCUGAGCUGUCACUCAAAACAGACUCAAUUCAGUAUCUCACCUUUGUCUUUGUGUGUGUGUCUGUGUGUGUGUGUGUGUGUGUGUGUGUGUGUGCUCAUUCUACUGUGAUAAAGAAAAAGCAGGAUGUGUGUUUGGAAGAGUGGGGGUGGUGUGUGUGUUUGCAAUGAGUGUGUGUGUUUGUGUGUCUGUGUAGUAUAUGUGUGUGUGUUAGAGGAGUGGCAGGAUGCCUGUAAAAGAGGGGGAGGGGUGCGUGUGUGUGUGCGUGUGUGGUGUGUGUUUGUGUGUGUGUGUGUGCAUGCGCAACUGAGUUAGAGGGAGAGAGAAAAAAGAGAAUGUGUGUGUGUGAGGCAGGAUAUGUGUGUGUGUGUGUGAGAGUGAGACAGAGAAUUGUAGGGGGAGGGGUGUGUGUUAAAGCUGUGUAUGUGUGUGUGUGUGUGUGUAUUAGCUGAGAGAGAGGGAAUGUGUGUGUGCGCCUGCGUAGGAGGGAGAAUCUGUGUGAGAGUCAGAUAGUGUGUGUGUGUGUGUGCGCGAGUGUGUGUUAAUUACACGCACACGCCUUUGUGAGUUCUACAGUGUGUAUGCGUUUGCUUUGUAAGACAAUUAUUUCAUUACUUUACUAUUUUCUGUGCCUAAACAUAAUGUGAUUUAGAACUCUGUUAUGUGUGUUUGUUUCUCUUUAAUAGAUGUGUUUUUUAAUAGGUGAAAAGUAAAUAUUAACAAUCUAUGUAGAAGUGAGUGUGUGUAUCUGUGCAUGUGUGUGUGCACACGUCACAUGCUUCUAAGUUUGUGAGCAUGCAUGUUGAGCAUGAUGAGUUUCUGAGUGUGUGCAUGUCAGUGUGUGUGUGUGUGAGAGAGAGUGGGGGAAGGGUGUGUUUAGAUGUGUGCAUCAGAGGUUUGUGUGUAUGUGGAUAAAGAAUUCAGUGUCUUUAUAUUUUAACAGGCAGAACAGAUUUUAUGCUUAUUUGAAUUAUUAUUAAUAUCAUUAUUAUUAUUAUUAGUAGUAGUAGUAGUAGUAGUAGUAGUAACAGUAGUAGUAAUAGCAGUAGUAGUAGUAGUUUACUAUGAUAUGGAUUGUCUGUUUAUUAUAUUUCACUUGGUUCUGUUGAAAUACUGAUUUAAAUUAACUAUAUGUAUAUGUCUCAAAAUUAGGAUAUUGAACACCAUCAUCAUCAUCAUCGUUAUGCCAGUGCCACACACUGUCCAGUGCUGCAAAGGGCACCACCCUCAUCGCCUUCACAGAGACUUUUUAACACUUUUUCCUUAAAUUCUCUUCCAAAAGCAGAUUAUCACUAUUAAAUCGCUUAAAUCGCUUUUAAUUGUUGAAUAACUUGCUUUCAGCAGCUUAUGCGCUGUAAUCAACUUUGCUUGGAAACAGAAACAACCGCUCCGCCCCCUUUUAUACUGUAGCGGGCGUGACCAUUCACGGGGAAGCGGUGCAAGGGUCAUCGUGUGUCAAUAAAACUAUAGUUGUCCUCAAACUAAAACACUCAUUUAGUUUUGCUUUCAUAUAUUUUAUUAUUAUUAAAGUCUUUUUUUAUUAGGAACAUGUAUUGUUUGACUUUUUCAAAUAUGUUGAAUAGAAGAACAAGCAGACCUCUCCCCUUAGGAGAAGCUUCUUGGUAGUGGCGGAAAUAACCUGCGCUUAUACAGCGGCGAAGCGGAGUGGAAUCGUGAAGCGAGCGCUGCGGAGGGCUGAGUAACUGGCCAGAAAAUAACAAUAAAUGACGGAGAUCGUCCGUACGCUGUUCGACUACCGAGAGCCUCCGACGCUGGAUAGCGACGGAAAGGGCGGCAAACCGCCGCCGCCACGAGGACGUGGUUGUGGAAGGAAAAGGAAAGGCACACCGGUGAAGGUGUGUGAUAGAGUCUUUGCCACAGAAGAUGAUGAAGAGAGCAUGUCGGAGCACAGCUACGGACCAGGUGAUGGUCGGGAGGGAAUACAGAACAAGCACAAAUCAUUUUCUGCAGAAGGGCCAGAGGGGCCAUAUUACACACCAGAAUCUUCUUCUCAAUCCUGUUCUGGAGAGAUGGCAGCGGAAGGCUCCAGUAGUGGUAGAGCUCCAGUCCUGUAUCCCCCUCCUCCAAACUGCCGCAUUCGAGAAGUACACUGUGGCAAUCAAGUACGGCUGGUAGUCAUAGCAAUCCGCGACAUCACUAAGGGCGAGGAAAUCACUGUGGACUACAGUUUGACAGAGUUGGCAGAAAACACGAUGGGUUUUCAUGGCACAGUGCCUCCUGCUGGCUUUGAAUGCCACUCUGACCAAGAGAACAUUAAGAAGGAGGAUGAGUCUGGACCAGUCCCUCUGUCGGAUUAUGUUACACCAUCUUGGUCUCUUUCUCCCUCGUCCUCCCCUGUCUCUCACUCUGAGCCCAGCCACUCUGACCGUGAAUCGGACUGUGUUAACGGUGAGGCACACAACCGGAUGCCUCGCUGCCGCAAAAAACGCAAAUCAACAGUGUCCUCUCCUAUGAUUAAUACUAAUAGCAAAAAGAAACCUCCUCAGCGCCCCCCCGGGCGGCCUCCCACACUACCCCGCUCUUUACCUUCUUCCCCACCGCAGCCUGCUGCCCCCUCCAGGCCUGUUUUUAAGUGUCCUGCACCAGCUGGAGUUGCAGGGAGUACUAUUAACGUAGCGGCAGGUAGGGGUGUUAGUGUAACGCUGCCGAGACAGUGCUGUGUGUAUUGUGGACGACACUACCGCUCACUCCCACGCCACCUGGAGAAACACCAUGCCCACCAGCCAGAUGUACGUGCUUCCAUGGAACGAGCACACACCUCUGCUCACCUGCCACAUUUGCAUGCCUCCCUGCCUUCAUCUUCAUCUUCCUCCUCCUCUUCCUCCACACAUCAUCGCUGUCAUAAAGAAAUAACCGGGCAUGCAGUUCUAGCAACACAGCAGUCCCCAUCCCCUUUAUCCCCUUCCCCAACUAGAAGGAGCCCAGCCCCCUCUAGCCCUUCCCACAAAAGCACCGCCCCUCCACCAAUAACCCCCCCCCGUAGGGGAGGAGUCCCAGUGUCUGUUUUGAAGAGAAGCCCACCUACCCCUGUGACUCUGUCCCGGAAGGUGGGACGCAAAGUGAAGAAAGACAAAGAAGAGACUGAAGUGGUGGAAAAACCAAAAGAAGAGGGGAUUCCCAUGGAAGCAAAGGACCUGGAGACACAGCAGCCAAAGGUGGAAGAGGCAGAGAACGGUGAGAGGGAGGAAGACAGCGGAGCAGAGGACAAGAGCGACCUGUCAAGUUCUCGUCGGCCCCACAUGCUCCCCCUCCUGUCCUCUCUUUCUUCUCUGGUUCUGUACCUGCGGCGUCUUCAGCACUCCGCCUUUAUCUCACUCUCACGCUCUCCUCAGUCAGCUGAAGCAUGGCGUCUGCUCUGCCAUUCCAGCCUGGCUCUGCUUAUCCUCUACAACCGCCGCCGUGAGUGUGAGGUGUCCAAACUCACCAUUUCUGAGUACCAAGCCCGUGUUACCCCACAGUGCCCCAUGCCUGUGCCUCUUGGUGCCCCGCCGGCUCUGACUCCACUUGAGGCUUCACUUUCCCCUUUCGAACGGCUUGUGCUGCCUCAUUUGCCACGUGUGGGAGUCCAGGGCAAAAGGGGGCGUGUCCAGCCUCUCAUAUUGCCCCCGCACUCUGAGGCCUGCCUGGAGCUUCUUUUGCAGACGCGGCCCGGAGUCGGAGUGGACCCCCAGAACCCUUACAUUUUUGCCCGGCCAUAUCAUUCCCCUGCCACUCCUCUGCGGGGUACAGAUCUCCUACGGAGUUUGGCCAAAUCCAGCGGUACUCGUCACCCACGGGCGCUAACGCAGACACGUGUUCGCCGGCAGGUGGCCAUUCUAACCCAACUGCUGCUGCUGGGUGAGGGAGAAGAGGAAGGCCAGCGUGGAAAUGCCACACAGCGUCUGGAAAGCUUCCUGCAGAAGGAGUACCAUGUGACCCAGAGCUGCGCUACCAUUGGUCAGGAUCCUGGGCUGAUGGGCCUGAUUGGGCGAGUGGUCCUGUGUGGGGAGAGGGAUGGCGUUUUGUUCCGGGGCAUGAGUCUCCAUCAUAUUUGCUUGGAGUUAGACGUGAUGUCAGGGAACUCUGCAGACUCUCUGUCAGAGCAAUCAGAAGGAGAGCAGGAAAAAGAAAAGAAUGAAUCGCCCACCGUUAUGAUUAAAAAGAUCACCACUAACAACAAGCCCCCUCGCCCCAAGAAAAUGAAUUCCUCUCCCUUUUCCCCAAGCCGCAAGAGAAGCUCUGGACAGGCCAAACCAGGUAAACGGGGUGUUCUGAAGCGGCCUUGGUCUGAAGCAGAGCGUGCAGCCGUGGAGUCCCAUCUUGUGCGUAACAUCAUGGAGCUGCGUGUUCCCGCUAAAGCUGACUGUGAACGGUGCCUCGAGCAGUGCCCCCUUCUGGUCACCAACCGCCGUGACUGGAGGGCCAUUAAGUUCUACUGCCACAAUCGUAUUCAGCUGCUGAAAAAAACCCAGCAGAGACAGAGCCCACCCACCCUGUCUGUUUGCUGAGGUGGCCAGACAGGGAGGUGUAGCGUAGGUGUAGUCCAAAGUAGGAAGAGAAUGUGAGAAUAUUUACCAGAAUAAAGCUGUAAUUUUAAUGUGUAGCCUCUUUUAUGUACAAUUAGCAGACAUUUUUGUUCCAGUGCUUUGCCAAGGCUUUGACAGAGG